GAUUCCGUAGUGUCGAUUGUUGUUAGGCUAACAGUGUUUGCUAAGUGACAGGUAACAGCCGUUUAUGUCCGGGAACAAUUGAACAAAUUAUUAGAAUAAAGACACUAAUUAUUUUUUAUUUUUUAUCCAUGCUGUAGCUAAAUUUAUUUUGCACGCUGAAGAUAAUUUCGUGUAAUAUAGCUCAGCUAGCAGCCUAGUGUGCGGUAGGUAACGGUAGCUAGUUAGUUAGCUAGCUAGCUAGCCAGCCAACGACAACGUCAUAAGAAGAACAUCUAAAACAAACGCGGUGGCCAGUUGAUAAAAGGUGCUGCUGCUGUCAGUGUUUGUGAAUUAAACCACCAGCAGUGCCAGAAUGAAUGUUGCUAAAAGUGGUUAUCGCGUCUUUUCGGCGAACUCCUCCGUAGCAUGCACAGAGUUGGCCAAGAAGAUAACAGAACGGCUGGGAGUUGAACUGGGGAAGUCGGUGGUCUUUCAGGAAUCUAACAGAGAAACUAGAGUGGAUGUGAAAGAGUCAGUUCGUGGGCAAACUAUCUUCAUCAUUCAGACCAUACCGCGAGAUGUUAACACUGCCAUCAUGGAGCUGCUGGUUAUGGCCUAUGCCCUCAAGACAUCUUGUGCAAAGAACAUCAUUGGAGUUAUUCCUUACUUCCCCUACAGCAAACAGUGCAAGAUGAGAAAGAGGGGUUCAAUAGUGAGCAAGUUGUUAGCUUCAAUGUUGGCAAAAGCAGGAUUAACACACAUCAUCACCAUGGACUUGCAUCAGAAGGAGAUCCAGGGCUUCUUCAGCUUCCCAGUGGACAACUUGCGUGCCUCCCCUUUCUUGAUUCAGUUUAUCCAAGAAGAGAUUCCUGAUUACAGAAAUGCCAUCAUUGUGGCAAAGUCCCCAUCAGCAGCUAAAAGGGCUCAGUCCUAUGCGGAACGCCUGCGUUUGGGUCUGGCUGUGAUUCACGGCGAGGCUCAGUGUUCAGAGUCCGACAUGGCUGAUGGACGACACUCCCCACCAUGUGUACGCAACACCACAGGACACACAGGACUGGAGCUUCCUUCAGGCAAACAACAAGCUCCGUUCCCUGGCAUAGAGCUCCCAAUAAUGAUGGCUAAGGAGAAACCUCCCAUAACUGUAGUCGGAGACGUGGGAGGGAGAAUUGCCAUCAUUGUGGAUGACAUUAUAGAUGAUGUGGGAGACUUUGUUGCAGCUGCUGAGAUCCUGAAAGAGAGAGGAGCGUAUAAGAUUUAUAUCAUGGCCACACACGGCUUACUGUCCGCUGAUGCUCCACGCCUCAUCGAGGAAUCCGCCAUUGAUGAGGUGGUGGUGACCAACACAGUCCCCCAUGAAGUGCAGAAGCUACAGUGUCCCAAAAUCAAGACUGUGGAUGUCAGCAUGAUAUUGGCUGAGGCCAUCCGCCGCAUCCAUAAUGGAGAGUCCAUGGCCUACUUGUUCCGCAACAUCACCGUGGACGACUAAAGAGUGUCAGAGAGGGUGAGCUGGGUGUGAUUUGUGACUGAUGGCAGGCACUUCUUCCCUCGGCUUUAAAAACAUGCUAGUGCCAUGUUCCGUGUGUUGUGUAUGUCAGGAUUAAAUGUAUCCUAGUUCAUUGAAAGAAGUUUAAAUGGUAAGAAUUACCCUAUGCUAUUUAUCAAAAGAUGUAAAAAUAACAAACAAGUGACUUUCACGUUUGAUGCAUUCAGUCAUGAUUUUGAAGCCUCUCCUUCAGAUCGACUCCAGCUUCCUCAUGCAUCUAAUGACUGAGCUUCAACUGCAAAAGAGAAGAGAAGUAUGUGUCCAGUAACAGGACUUUGUGCUUUAUCAACCAUUUUCCAGAGACUCUGGCUGGCCCUCAUGGUCACGACUGCUCAGCACUGUGAUGUCUUUGCAUUUAUUGGGGUGUGUUGGUUCCAACCACAUAGACAACAUUGGACAAGCUCCUGCUUAUUGGUGCCCAAACUAUAUUUGUAUGCAGCUAUUUUGCACCAUUUGUGGGAUUGUAUGGAAGUUUAGUAAAAUAUCCUAUGUGACACAAUACAUCUCCCAACAUUCUGGAUGUGGAAAUUAAUGGAUCAUCAAUUACAUAAAAAUCCAAAAGGACCAUCUUUGUUGUAGCCAAUUAUCUACAGACCACGAUUACCAAACAUUACUGUUGGCAGUUUUU